AUGGCGGACAUGGAGGAGCUGUUCGGCAGCGAUGCUGACACCGAGCCGGAGCAAAAAGAUUCUGAUUCUGGGUCAGAUUCAGACUCUGACCAGGAGCCUGUUGGCUCUAUCAGUAAUAUUUCUGGUAGCGAGAGCGACAGAGAUGAUGACCGAGAGGCUUUGAAACCCAGUAACAAAGAAUUGUUUGGUGAUGACAGUGAGGAUGACGGCGCCUCUCACCAUAGUGGCAGCGAUAACCGGUCUGAACGAUCCUACAAUCGCUCGGAAGGCUCGGGGCAUUCUGAACAUGAGGAUAAUGACCAGUCAGAUAUGGACCAGCACAGUGGCUCAGAAGCUGCUCACGAGGAGGAUGAGGAUGAAGAGGAUCACAGGUCAGAUGAAGGCAGCCACCACUCUGAGGCAGAAGCCUCAGACAAAGCACACUCUGAGGAUGAAAAAUGGGAAAGGGAAGACAGAAGUGAUCAGUCAGACGAUGAGGAGAAGCUCCAGAACUCGGAUGACGAAGAAAGGCCACAGCACUUGGAUGAUGAUGAGAAGAACUCGGACGACGAGGAGAGACCUCUGGCUUCUGAUGACAAAGAGAGGCUGCAGAACUCCGACGAGGAGAAAAUGCACAACUCGGAUGAUGAUGAAGAGAGGCUGCAGGUUUCUGAUGAAGAGGAAAGACACCAAAACUCUGAUGAGGAGAAUAUGCAGAACUCGGAUGAUGACUAUGAAAGGCUGCAGCAUUCAGACGAGGAAAAGAUGCAGAACUCGGAUGAAGAGAGGCCCCAGCAUUCCGAUGAUGAAGAGCGAAGGCUCUCGGAGGAUGAAGAAGAGCAUGAGCAUAAAUCGGAAUCGGCAAGAGGCAGUGACAGUGAUGAAGAAGUCAUGCAAACGAAGCGUAAGAAACAAAUUGCAUCGGAUUCCGAAAUGGAUAGUGAUAUGGAAGGACAAAAAGGUAAUAAAGAUGCAAUGGAUCUGUUUGGAGGAGCAGAUGACAUAUCUUCAGGGAGCGAUGGGGAAGACAAACCCCCAACUCCAGGGCAACCUAUUGACGAGAAUGGAUUGAAUGAGGAUCAGCAGGAGGAGGAACCUAUUCCUGAAACACGGAUAGAAGUUGAAAUUCCUAAAGUCAACACAGACUUGGGAAAUGACUUAUAUUUUGUGAAGCUUCCCAACUUCCUCAGUGUGGAGCCCAGGCCUUUUGAUCCACAGUACUAUGAGGAUGAAUUUGAAGAUGAGGAGAUGCUGGAUGAAGAAGGUAGAACAAGGUUAAAACUGAAGGUGGAGAACACGAUACGUUGGCGAACUCGCCGAGAUGAAGAAGGGAGCGAGGUUCGAGAAAGCAACGCGCGGAUAGUCAAAUGGUCUGAUGGGAGCAUGUCACUACAUUUGGGGAAUGAAGUGUUUGAUGUGUACAAAGCACCAUUGCAGGGAGAUCACAACCAUCUCUUCAUCAGGCAAGGAACAGGUCUGCAGGGGCAAGCUGUGUUCAAAACAAAGCUAACCUUCAGGCCUCACUCAACAGACAGUGCCACACACAGAAAGAUGACUCUCUCGCUCGCAGACAGAUGUUCCAAGACACAAAAAAUUCGUAUUUUGCCCAUGGCUGGCCGUGAUCCAGAGUCCCAACGAACAGAAAUGAUUAAGAAAGAGGAGGAGAGGUUGCGAGCUUCCAUUCGCAGGGAGUCCCAGCAGAGGAGAAUGCGAGAGAAGCAGCACCAGCGGGGACUGAGCGCCAGCUACUUGGAGCCUGACCGCUAUGAUGAAGAGGAUGAAGGAGAAGAAGCCAUCAGCCUGGCAGCAAUUAAAAACAGAUAUAAAGGCGGAAUAAGAGAGGAGCGUGCUAGGAUUUAUUCUUCAGACAGCGAUGAGGGCUCAGAUGAAGAUAAAACGCAGAGAUUGCUGAAAGCAAAGAAACUCAACAGUGAUGAGGAGGGUGAGCCAUCUGGUAAAAGAAAAGCAGAAGAUGAUGAGAAGGCAAGCAAGAAGCACAAGAAGUAUGUGAUCAGUGAUGAGGAAGACGAGGAUGAGGAUGCAUAAUGCAAGUCUGAAAGUCUGCAAGAUUCGUGUAAAUAUAUAUAAUGACUGCACUGUUCUUUUUGCAGCCAGGAUGUAAGUAAACCUAAUGAGGAUUUUUAUUUUAUUUUUACAAAAGAAACUUGCAUUCAGAUCUGUAGUCUUAAAAUGAAUAAAGGUUUUUGUUGGACCCUU